CGAUCGGCACCGGGAACAACGGGACCGGUACUGGUGCUGCAUGGGACCCGCUUGGAACCGGCACCGACAGCAGCAGGAGACCGGCACUGCACAGGACCCGCUCGGCAGUGCCACCAGCACUGAUCGGGCACUGCAAUGGCACUGGCACUGCAUGGAACCCGCUCGGUAGUGCCACCAGCACUGCACGGGCACUGCAAUGGCACUGGCACCGCAUGGGACUCACUUGGCAGUGCCACCAGCACUGCACGGGCACUGCAAUGGCACUGGCACAGCAUGGGACUCGCUUGGCAGUGCCACCAGCACUGCACAGGCACUGCAAUGGCACUGGCACUGCACAGGACCCGCUCGGCAGUGCCACCAGCACUGCACGGGCACUGCAAUGGCACUGGCACCGCAUGGGACUCACUCGGCAGUGCCACCAGCACUGCACGGGCACUGCAAUGGCACUGGCACCGCAUGGGACUCACUCGGCAGUGCCACCAGCACUGCACGGGCACUGCAAUGGCACUGGCACCGCAUGGGACUCGCUCGGCUCCAGCACCGGCACUGCACGGGCACGGGCACCAGGCGGCACCAGCUCCGCACUGCAACGGGCGCUGGCAUCGUGCGGGCACCGGCCUGGGCUCAGAGCAUCCAUGCACAACACGUGUGACCCCCCCCGUCGCACGGAGCCGCAGACGGAGCACACGGGACAGCUCCGCACCACGGACCAUGGAUGCUGCACAUGGGAUGCAGCUCACACACCACACACACAUGGUCCCCUCCCCGGGGCCCGCAGGCUCCCCGGGCCGCGCUGGGGCUGAGGCCGCUCGCACUCGUCACACGCGACCAUCCAUCCACCCUGACACCAUGUACACUGCAAUCCCCACAAGCGGUUCCCCUUUCGGUCCGGCCGCCUCCCUGCCGGGGCUGCACGUGUGGCGGGUGGAGAAGCUGCGGCCGGUGGAGGUCCCGGAGCGGAGCUGGGGCCGGUUCUUCUCGGGGGACGCGUACCUGGUGCUGCACAACGGCCCCGAGGAGCGGGCGCACCUGCACCUCUGGCUGGGCCGGGACUCCUCGCAGGAUGAGCAGGGAGCCUGUGCCCUCCUGUCCACGCAGCUGAACGCGCUGCUGGGUGAGCGCCCGGUCACCCACCGCGAGGUGCAGGGCAACGAGUCCGACCUCUUCAUGCAGUACUUCCCGCACGGCAUCACCUACCAGGAUGGUGGUGUGGCCUCCGCGUUCAGGACCCCGCAGCCCAGCACCAGCCCCAGGCACCGGCUCUACCAGGUGAAGGGCAGGAGGAACAUCCGGGCGAGCGAGAGGGACGUGUCCUGGAGCAGCUUCAACACCGGAGACUGCUUCAUCCUUGACCUGGGCGAGACGCUGCUGGUCUGGUGCGGCUCCGGGUGCAAUGUGCUGGAGCGCAGCCGGGCGCAGGAGCUGGCUGCAGCCAUCCGGGACGGUGAGCGGCGCGGCAGAGCGCGCCUGGAGAUCGUGGCUGAUGGUGAGGAGCCACCGGAGAUGCUCCAGGUGCUGGGCCCCAAACCCACCUUGCCAGAGGGCAGCCCCGAGGAGGAUGCUGUGGCCGACCAGAGCAAUGCGCGGGCAGCGGUUCUCUACAAGGUGUCAGAUGCCACCGGGCGCAUGGACCUGACCCAGGUGUCUGCGAGCAGCCCCUUCAGCCAGAGCCUGCUCUGCUCCGAUGACUGCUUCGUGCUGGACCAUGGGGCCGGAGGGAAGGUCUAUGUCUGGAAAGGGAGCAAGGCCAACGAGCAGGAGCGCCAGGCAGCCCUGCGGGUGGCUGAGGAGGUGAUCGCCCGCAUGGGGCACUCGCCCCGCACACAGGUGGAGAUCCUGCCCCAGGGCCGCGAGACGCUGCUCUUCAAGCAGUUCUUCACUGCCUGGAAGUGAGGAGCUCAUGGGGUCAGUGCCCAGCCUGCAGCCUCACAGCACUGGUACCCGUGUGCCAGCUCCAUGCCCCUGCCUGCGCCCUGCCCUGUGACCCUGCUGUCCCCCCCUCCAUCCCUCUGCCAGCCCCAGCUCCAUCCCUCUGCCAGCC